UUAUAUAUUUGCAGAGCCCUGACCAUAAAUCGAACACAAAAUUUGUCAACCAAUCUCAACCGAAUUUAUCCGACGACACUAAAGUACAAUAUCAGCACAACCAACAAGCCGUUCCAAUGGCAAAAAAUAUGAUGAAGGCAUUAGAGCCCUUUCGAGGAUUAGAUAUCACAGAAUCAACAGGUUGUGGCAACGGAACACCGCCAACUGAAAGAGGAAAAUGCACAAAAACGUCAACGCGUAAAAAAUACAAUUUGAACAUUGUUGGCAUUGAUAACUGUUCAAUCCUAAGAGAUUCUAUUCCACGUUGUUGGUCUGAGCCUGCCAUAGGCAAUGUAUUGCGCAGAGACUUAGAGCCACCAAUUAUUCAGCAGGCCGCUUUCGAUAAUACAGUCUAUCGUAUGGAUAUAAGUAGAAAUAUUUGUGUUCGUGAAAUCCAUUCGGCGACAGCAGCCCUAUCGGCAACAUUUAUGGCUGUGACUCCUAACAAACCCGCUUCUUAUUACUGUGACGAUGGUAAUACGAGUAAAACUAUGAAUGAGGCAAAAAGAUACAAUGCCGUUUAUUUAGCUAAGAUUCAUAGUAGUUUGCCGAAUAUGUCUUUUCUCGAUAACCAAAGAGAAAUGGAAGAUGAUUUUCCGAUUCCUGAUUUCAAAGUUUUACCUUGGCGAAUGGAAGCUAAUGCCGUACAAAGGUCUACACUGUCUUCAUGCAAUCACCGUUGUCAAUCGUAUCAGCAAUCAGUACCAGAGCCAUUCCAGAACGUACACAGUCUUCCAGUUGGCACUAGCAGUUUCAGUAACGAGUUGACUCAAGGCGAAGGUUGCGUAAAUGGGCGCUUGGAAAUUCGAGUAAUACCGAGAGAAAAUUCGCACGCUGAGGAAUCUUCAUAUUACGAUGCAUUAGGUGCAGCAGUUACAAUGGGAAAAGACACUACAGUUGUUAAUACUGUGGCACCUGUAAAUGACGAGGAUGCUUGCUCUGAUGAAAAGGAGGUGUCACCACUGCAACGAAAUCAAACGUUUCAGCGUAGCACGAAAACUACACCUUUAGAUACUCCUAUAAUGUCCAAAGCAAAAUCCAAUCGAAAUGAUAUUAGUGUUGCUGAACAGGGAGAAGAAUUAAGCGUCUUUAUUGUGCCACAAACCUGUGAUUACAUCAAUGGCAAAACCGAAGUUGAAAGGAUAUCGACUGUGGUCAGGUCAAACGAAAUCUCGGUCAGUGAUACUGAGGCUUGCGGGGGAAGUCGUGCUGGUUUCGGCGAUGGAAUUUAUGUAGAUGGUGCAUCUAGUGCUUUAAGCAAUAUAGUCCCAGGUUUUGUUGGCGUAUUGGCAAGUAAAAUACCAAUUCUGAACUCUCGUCAAUCAAAAUGUGCUUCUUGGUCUGGUUCGGACAUGACACUACAGAUGAUAGGAUCAACACCAUGCCCGGCGGCAAAUCAUCAAGCGCAGGCGAAAAGUAACAAAAGAAAUCUAAACAACAAUACAAAAAAAUCGAUUGAAGAUGUUAGUGUUGUUAGUAUAUUUCAAACCCCAAAUAUGACGGACUUAACACCAGCUUUACGAAGAAGGCGGGAGUCAGAUAAGCACGUUACUGAUCCUUGUCAAUUAAGCCUACGCUUUGCAAGACCACGUUCCCGUCAUGCUAUUAGGACUCGUGGUAUACCUACAUUUUUAUUAGGACACUUCGAAGACCAGUCAUUGGAUAACAGUGAAGAAUUUCAAGCCCAAUCGCACACUGGAAAAAUUAACGAGCAUAAUUCUAAAACUAACAUUCGCACUUCAAAUUCCAGUAAUCGGCACCAUUCUCAAAGACGGAUACAAAAGCAAGACACGACACCCCUUUUACAUAACGAGGAAGAGUUAUUGUGCACUACGGUUGCAGAACUGAAAUCAUCUGAAAAUACGAUUAACAAUGAUAUUACACCGCCACCAGUUUAAAGAACGAGAAUUACGCAGUAUCCCGAACCGGAAUAUCGACAAAAAAAAAUUAACCCACGACUACUUGUUUGAGGACGCACUUCUUUUUAUGAGGCGGAGGUAUGAGAGUAUGGAGGAAAUUAGGACUGAAUAUGUGUAUUGCUUCGCAUUAUUGCAAUGAAAUAUGUAUGCGACUGGGUGAUAUAGAUGAGGUCUAAUUGAACAUUUUAAAAUUAGUGUAAAAUUUGUAUUUCUAAUUCUAAAUUACAAGACAAUGUUAUGAAAGAAUCGUCGUUGAGCCCAAAAACUGAGAACCGGUUAUUUUAGGACUAUAAGGUGUAAAAGAUGAAUUAUUCACUAACAAAUGCGUAAGGGAAAGUUGUCACUUAGAAUUAAGAGUUGGUCUCCGGGAUCCUUUGAUCAA